UACAGUUGGCGCGAUGUACCACAAAGAGUUGUAAUCCACAUUUAUUAGGAAAAGAAGAAGAAUCGCCACAGAAGAAGAGGAUUUUCCCCCAGAGCCAAUCAAUCUACGACGUCAUUCUAAAGUUCUGUCAGGCUCACCACAUAAUGACAGAGGUGCAGUAUAUGAAAGGCCCAUGCCCAUGUGUCGCCUCCCUUUUCACCGGCCCAUAUAAGCCUCUUGCUUGGGGGGCGGGGGGAAGUCUUCUCCACUCAAUCUCCUUGCUUGCUUCCCCAAAAGAAAGCCAGGCUCGAGCUGUGUCAACCGGACCAAACCAUGGACAACCAUUCGUACAACCAUUCUUACAACUUCCCCUCCGACUGCAACCCACUCACCAACUGCAAGUCUGCCCGCAAACCGGCGGGUUCCACCGUGGUCAACAUGGGCCAAACGGGCAAGAACCCGCCUCGGGACUACAUCUUCUGGUCUCUGUGCAACACGUUGUAUGUGAACUUCUGCUGCCUAGGAUUCAUGGCUCUCCUGUACUCCAUCAAGGCCCGGGACCAGAAGACCCAGGGUAACCUGCAGCUGGCCCAGGAGUGCUCCGAUAAAGCCAAGUGGUACAACAUCCUGGCGGCCGGCUGGAACCUGCUGAUUCCUCUCUUGGCCGUCGUCCUGCUCGUACUCCUGCUGGUCCACCUGGGUUCCUCUCAGGGCUCCUUCGACUUCCUCGGAGAAGACGGCCUACAGAACUUCCUGAAACUCUUCAGCUGGUAGACGGACGGGAUAAAACAACCCACCCAGUUUUCACACUCAUCGGCCAAUUUGAUUUGAUUUGAAGGAGAAGCGACACCGCGGCGUCAUUUGCAGGCAGUCCAGCGUCCUGGAGGUCUAGAUUUGUGCUGAGCCACCCAAUCAGCUUUCGGAUGAUUCUAUAAUGGCGAGUGAUGCGGCAGUACCACGAUAUACAGCAAACUCCCGCUAUGUGUGGGAUAGGGAAAAUCCACCAUUAAUUGACACUUACAAAAAAUGUUUGUAAUUGCAUAUAAGAUGCAACAAGAUGGCAGCAAAGUACCAUUUUUCUGUUAGACAAAACUAUGGACUGACUAAAUGAAGCUCCACCCCGCAGUUUAACAUAAAUAAGCGACUAGAUGCUGCCAAAGCAACAUUUUCUCAACAAAUAACAGAGGAUAGGUAGCCCAAAAAUCCGCAAUUAGUCAAAUUUGCGAAUGCCAAACCGCAAAUAUGCAGGGGUUCACUGUCACCAUGUUCGGGAGAAACAUUAGCACAGACAGCAGCAUUUAAAAAUAUUCAGGACAAAUUAGGAUCAAUGACCUAAAACCAAAUUUUGCAUUAUUUUUGUAUUGUUGCAUUCCUUAUCGUAGUAAAUUUUGAAGCUGCGUUUCUUGAAGUAUGUUCGUUGUUUUAUUUAUUGUAUUUAUUCAGGCCGGUCGCCUAUGAAUUACCUUCACACGACUUAACCCAAAACAUUUUUAUCCAUGACGACAACUUGUGAUUGGUCGUAGUCAGAUUUUUUUUUAAUGACGUUUUACCUAGCGUGGGUUUGUAAUUCAAAGAGACGCAGCUGAUUCAAGUAAGCAAUCAUUUUUGGGAGGAAAGAGAAACACUACAGUCAAAUUAUUGUAUGUAUUCAUUGUGGGCGGCACGGUGGUCGACUGGUUAGAGCGUCAGCCUCACAGUUCUGAGGACCCGGGUUCAAUCCCCGGCCCCACCUGUGUGGAGUUUGCAUGUUCUCCCCAUGCCUGCGUGGGUUUUCUCCGGCACACCGGUUUCCUCCCACAUCCCAAAAACACGCAUGAAUUGGAGACUCUAAAUUGCCCGUAGGUGUGAAUGUGAGUGUGAAUGGUUGUUUGUUUGUAUGUGCCCUGCGAUUGGCUGGCGACCAAUUCAGGGUGUACCCCGCCUCCUGCCCGAUGAUAGCUGGGAUAGGCUCCAGCACGCCCGCGACCCUAUUGAGGAGAAGCGGCUCGGAAGAUGGAUGGUAUUCAUUGUGAUAGCAUAUACAGUGUCCCCCAACAUUUAAAAUAUGAAUAUCUUACAUUUGCUAGGCAUGCAAAAUUUAUAUUGGCUUGUGUUGAAAAAUACAAGAUUUAUUCCUCAAAAUUCCAAUAGAUAACCGAUUUUACGAAGACACUAAUCUAAUUUCACUCAAAUUUUAGCAGCAUAGAAAAACAAGCACGAUAGCAAGUGUACUGUGAUUUUCUGUCUUCUCAUUGAGGGGGGGAAAACAAACAAACAUCAAAUGUAGAUUUUACACAACUUGUUAAAAUUUGAGAUCAUUUGAGCAAGAACUGGCAACGUUAUUAGACUAAUAAAUUGGGGGGGGAUACCCUGUUUGCAGUAUAUUAUCUUUUGUUUCCUUUCUUUUUUUUGGAUCACUUUGAAUAAAUCCGCUGAAGUCAGUGUUAUGCUGAACAAAAAAAAAAAAAGUUUGAAAACUCAUAAUUUAUUUUUAAACUUUUCAAGAAAUGUUUUCAAUUCAACUUGUUGACUCACGCCAGCUUCUCUGUUGACGUUUCUUGCUGCAUGCCUUUCCUUUCUAAUUGGACUGGACUCGAUGUAAAACCUGUAUUCUUGUGGUUCUGCCAGUGCACCUACACCCUGCUUUUAAACCGCCAGUUACUGAUCCCGGUAGGUUGUAAUUCCCAGGCGGGUCCGCUCCUUCCCUUUCAUCCCGGCCGUGUCCAAAUAUAUAGCUUUAGAUUACACACAGAACAUUUGCAAGCUGUGGGCCGGCCAGCUGAAGAGAGUUAGCUGCUCAGAGGAAGCUUGACCGACUCGUUGAAGCUAUGUUUACACGAUGUUCCCGGUGGCCACGGCAGCCCCCAUUUUCCUGAAACGUAGAGCGCUCUGGGAGUUUGGCCAUUUUUUUCCCCUUCGUAACACGUCUUGCUAAGAUUUCUCACGUUUUGUCAAGGCUUUUUGAGGAUGAAACGUGGACUUUGGCGCACAUUUGUGACCUCAUCCCACUCGAAAGAAGCUCCCCUGCCUCCCUCCAGAGUCGGCGUCAGCGCGGGGGAAACAUACUGCCUCUCAACAAAUGUCUGAUAAUAAUAGGUUCCUGUCAACAAAUAAUUCCCUCAUCCAUCUCAUGUACCUGAACUUUCCCAUUCCACUACGGACCGCCUCCACGUUUUGAUAUGGUUAAUACGGUUUGACUUUGUACUGCCACAUUCAGUUUAGUUCACGGCACGUCAGUUUGUCGCGUUGUCUCAUGGCCAUCCUCUUUUUUUCCACGGAGGACUGAAAUUGGUCCGCCGUAGCCGCUGGGAUCUUAGUAUACAUAAAUGCCUUAUAGCUUCACGUUUAAUGUCGAUGUCAGCAAAAUAACAGAAUUUCUCAUGCUUGUACAAGUCAAAUCAAGAAGUUAGCUGGUGUUAAUAGUGACAUGUAAAAAUAAAAUAUUCAUACUUAA